CAUCCAAAUGUUUUAAAGUCCCCUUUAAUCUCCGUAGAGAAUUUAAGGGUAGAAAAACAUAUUCUCCAUCACAGAUAGUUACUCGAAGCAGGGCAAAAAUUCUUGAAGAAGGGAGGAAGCAAAUUCCAGUAGGGUGGGUAGAGGAACAAAAAUUGCAAGAACCUGAAGACUCCUAUGAAACAGAGGGAAAGGGAGAAUAGGAUUCAUCGUGGUUCUGUCCAUCGGUAUUUAGGAAUGGCGAAUUCAUCGACCCCAGACUGUACGAUGCAUCUCCAUGAAGAUCAUACUUCGAUGGGAGAGGAAAUAGGCCAGAUCGGGCAACUCAUUGACAAAUACCUUCAGAUGAAGGCGACAUCAGGCUGGCAGUCCAUACAUCCCAUCAGUAAAGAACUCUUAGACUCGCAGAUUGGCCUUAUGGUUAUUGCAUUCAAACUUGAUUAUGAAACCACCGCUGAUCCUGCUACGGGUUAUAUCAAGCGACAUGAUAAGCGUGCCGUGUUAUUUACAUGGACGGAGAGGAUUUCCUAUGAUUUUGUCAAAAAUGAAUUUAAGGUGUCUCGUGACCACAUCAAAGAGCCUUUGGAUUCUCUAGGUGGUGUUGGUCAUGGCAAAGAACGUCUCUGUAUUCUUUGGGCUGAUUUUCAUGGUAAAGCUGCUCGAAUUUACUGUACCACAUUUGAUGUUCAUGUGAUUGAUCAGCAACCACGUGCUGUAAAUGUUUCCACCAAUGUGUACAAUGUCAAGGGUUCACACCUUAACGAGCUAGACGCCGUCCAUGUAGGGAACAUAAAAGCAAGCGGCGUAAGGGCAAGGGUCGCAAAACCAAGGCACGCCAAAGCAAGGCGUGAGAAGCUUGAUGUGCGCGCUACUGGUUUCCUUGAGUUCUGCUAGAAGUUUUUCACAUUCAUCAUCUGAUUUGCACGCUGCUAAUUUUGCCAUGAUUUGUCUCUUUUUUUCUUGGAAAAUCUCACUCUUGGUCACAAUCUCAUAACUUGGUUUCUUACAAUAUUGUGGCGAGUCUCUGCAGAAUUUGUCAACUGCUUUUUUGUUGCAUCCU